AUGGAUGACAUUGAGGACCGGCUGCGCAGCCAUGCGCAGGCCUUCGACGGACUUUUGUCCUUGAUCCCCGCCAAGUAUUACUACGGUGACGAGAACACUGAGGACCAGUGGCAGCGCAAGAAGCAGACCAAGGAACAAGCCCGUGAAGCGAAACGAGCAAAGCUGGAUCCCGAAGCCGCCGACGCUAAGACCGCAAAGGACGUCAUGGACGAGAACGCUCGUAAGCGCAAGCGGGAGGAUGGCACCCUCGUAUCCGACGAGUCGGACGGAGCGCUCGGCUCUGAAAAUCCGAAGGAGGGUCUGAAACGGGGAGACGCCAAGUCCAAGAAGCAGAAGCAGACCGAGAACGCUGCGGCCAAGUCCGAGGAGGCUGAGUCCCGUAAGAAGGAGAAGCAGGAAAAGAUGGAGAAGAAGAAGGCCGCUCAAAAGGAAAAGAAGAAGGCCAAGGACACCGCCAAGAAGGAGAAGAAGAAGCAGGAUGAGAAGCCUGCCGCAAACACAACCGAGUCUUCGGAGAAGAAGACUUCGUCCAAGCCCGUCGAUGCCGCUGAUGAGCCUGCGGCUUCCGACAACGAGGACGCCGACGACCUGAAGGACGGUGUCGAUGAAGGAUUCUCGCUCGAGUUUCACGAUGAGCCCGAGCAGCUUUCAUCCGUUUCCUCCACCCGCAAUUCUCCCGAUGCCUCCAACCCCCAGUCUGGCAGUUCCUCUAUCUCCUCCAUUGUCCCUCCCUCCACCGACACCGAUGCCAAAUCCACUGAACCCAAGGCUCUGAAGCCUACUCCCGAAGAUCUCAAACAACGCCUACAGAAGCGUCUUGAUGAGCUGCGGGCGAAGCGCCACGCCGAUGGCCUCAACGGAAAGCCUGCACGUAACCGUCAAGAGCUCAUUGAAGCCCGUCGACAGAAAGCCGAACAACGCAAGGCUCACAAGAAGGAGUUGCGCCAGAAGGCCCGCGAGGAAGAACAGUUGAAGAAGGACGAGGCUAUGGCCCGCCGCUUCUCCCCCGGUGGCUCUGGAUCUCUCCUGGCCUCCCCGCGCUCCCCCGCUGAGUCGGUCGGAUCUGUCAGCAACAGCUUCUCUUUCGGUCGGGUGAUCUUCGCCGACGGUCAGCACACCGAUGCCUCACUGUCCAACGCCCGUGACCAGCCCAAGUCCCGCGGCCCCACCGAUGCCGCCGCCCAGCUUAAGGCCGCGGAGGCUAAGAAAGCCCGCCUUGCCGCCAUGACUCCGGAAGAACGUGCCGAACUCGAAGAGAAGGAUGCCUGGUUGAAUGCUAAGAAGCGCGCUCACGGCGAGCGUGUUCGCGACGACACCUCCCUCCUCAAGAAGGCUCUCAAGCGCAAGGAGACCGCUAAGAAGAAGUCCGAGCGCGAGUGGAAGGACCGCCUCGACACCGUCGCUCGCGCAAAGGAACAGAAGCAAAACAAGCGUGAAGAGAACCUGCGAAAGCGCAAGGAAGAAAAGGGCAACAAGGGUGGCAAGAAGAAGUCCGGCGGCAGCAAGAAGAAGGCUCGUCCCGGUUUUGAAGGCAGCUUCAAGACCAAGGCGGGUGGUAAGAAGAAAUGA